GUCAUGGAUGAAGCAGCCGAUAAGCAAACAUACAGUUUUUCCGAACAGCCUGUCGGGAUGAUGCGACCGUGACAGAGAAAUCGCUGCAGCUGAGGAAUAGCAUUUCACCGGGAGAGGAUUGGAGACGCAGGCAGGUCGAGUGUUCAGAUUCGGAUUCCAAAGCAAAGCAGAGUGGGCUUCCACACCGCCAACCUCCAGACUGUCCUGUGGUCAGCCCCACAGAUCUGCUGUCAACAUGGCUUCACGGCAAGGAGACAUUCCAGCCCUUGAGUCUGGCACGCCGCCUGGACUUUUCGGUGCCCUAUCAUCACCGAUCGGAAUGACUCGGCGCAACACCAGUUACGACGAGCUCAUGGAGGCCCCCAUGCACUCGCCGCCUGCAGACUUUAGUGUCAACAUCUUGUGGAAAGACCCUGUGAUCCCACAGCACAAGUUCAGAAACACUGCAGAGGAAAGCGAGAGUGGUGGGAAGCCCCUGACUUUCGAGGCGGCAGCGACAGCCAAGUCCCCAGUGCCUGUUGUGAAAGCCAAAGCCACCUCUCUAAUGAGCUCGCUUAUGAUCAAGCAGACCCAAGAGAGCCUGCAGAGGUUUGAGCACCAGGCAGGGCUGACAGACGCCAAGUAUUCUCCCCACAAGGGGCUCUCGGCCGAGGAGACUCGCUUUCACCGGCUUGGUGAUGGCACACUGCCAAAGUUGAAGAUGCCAAGCGGGGACUUCAAGGAGGACAGGCUUACAACAUCAGCACAAUCCACCCCAAGUGGCACCCCCUCCGUCACCCCCUCUGUCACCCCCAGUGUCACCCCCUGUGUUAGUCCCCACACAUCACCGGCUCUUACUCGCAGGUCCUGGUUCCAGCUGAGUCCUGCACCAUUUCUUACUACCCCAGAGCUCAACAGUCCCUUCCCCAGCACAGACAUGGGAGGAAAUGAGGGGGGAGGAGGAGAGAGAUGGAACUUUUUUGGAACUCGAUCUGUGGUACAGAAGUCCCCCACUGACCCUGGCUCUGACACCAGCACAGGAUUCUCACUGCAGUCCUACUUCGGUAUGCAAAAGUCCUCCACCAUAGAUGGCACCAACACCCAGGUCAACUUCACAGGAGAGAACCCUGCUAACUUCAUGCCCCCCAAGAUUGAAAUCUCAGGCAUUGAGGCAAAGCGGGUGCCCCCACGGCCACAUAAACUUAAACCUCGGGACAUGAAUGUUUUAACACCUUCAGGCUUCUGAAACCGGUCGAGCUGUCCAGUGACAGCUCUGUUCAUCAACUGUUGUCCUGUCUGCGUCUGAUUUCUCAUUUAUUUUCCUACCUUCCUUUGUCCUCUCUGCCUCCCUGCAAAUUGGCUGAGGCUGAGAGGAAUGAGGACCACCUUGUAGUAUUAAUGCUCACCAGCCCCAGUGACAUCACUGCACUGUUACCCCUCCUAGUGGGCCAACUAGGUGGAUUGCAAUUUUCUUCUAGUGCACAUCAUCCCUUUCCUAUUUCUUCCAACUUAAUGGUCCAAAAUAAAACAUCAUAUGAAGUAACGUCAUUUGUCAUCAAUUAAGAUGGCACUGCUUUGUAUUAUUAUUGUUCUGUCACAUAAAGGGUGCAUUGAAUGCAUUGCCUUGUCCUUGUUCUAUUGUCAGUGAUGGCAGCAUGAGCUUGAAGUUGUUGAAAUAUCUUAUCAGUCCUUAGCUCAAACUAAUAACUUUUGCAUUGCCUCAUAUACUAAAACUGACAAGCUAUUUCAAUUCCUAAUUCUCAGUUGCCUCUUUUUUUUAUUUUCAACAAGCUCACAAAUGUGUAGUUGUGUAGUGCUCUUCUCUGUUAGCAUGCAGAGUAUAGCGUAGUAUGACUGAUAUUGUGCCUAAACUUACAGCUUGUUUGCUUUCUUGCCAUCUAAGCUCAGCUUUUGUUUUGGUUUUUUAUAUGUGUGAUUUUACUGUGUGAGAGAGUAUGACUGCUGACCUGAAGUGUUUUUUUUUUUUUUUUUUUGUAUUAUUUCAACUGAAGUGUUUUCAAAUUGUUCUGCUUUAAAUCAACAAUUUUUCUUUCUAAUAGUAGCUAGUAUGUUGGUUUUAUCACAUUUUUAUAUUUCAGCACAAUAUUGUUUCAGCGUGCUAUAAAAAUACAAAUUAUUGAAGUGGUCAUUUUCAAUUGAUCGUUUUUGGUGUGUGUCACAAUACAUGAGCCCCUGCUGUUUUGAGAAGUUGAUAAAUUCCAAGUAAGUAAUUGCACAAGGGAGAUUGUCUCCCACUUACAUCUGUAAAUAAAUCUGAUAUUAAGAAGCAGAAA